AUGACACAAGGAGCGCUCAAGAAGGCGAAAGCCGGCACGGCGACGUCAAAACGGCCCUCGGCCCUUGGCCCCAAGAAAGGGAACCGGACGAUCGCACCGAAGAAGGCCUCGUUGAUCAAGCAGCAGAAGAUGAACAAGAAACUAUCGGCUGGACUUGUGGCGAAGACAGAGCGGAGUCUUGCGCAGAGAGCUGGACAUCUUGAGAUGUUGGCUGGAGGAAAGAAAGAUAAGAAGGCGGCUGGUGGGAAGGAAAAGAAGGGAGGAAAGUAA